UCCAGGACCUUGUCUGUUACUUGUGUGAUACAACCUUAUUUCCAUGGUGUUUUUGGAAAGGAGAACUCAAGGAUGUCUGAGAACAAAAAGUCACUGACUCAGCCAGAGGACGACCAAUAAAUAGGUGUGUGAGACGACAGACUGCAGAAACUCAACAGUCUCCUCUUCUGCAGUAUAAACUGAACACCAUGUCUAAACCGUACAUCUGUGGACGCCUUUGCUGGAUUUCUACAUUCUGCUUUCUGUAUGGACUAGAAGUGAGUGCAUUUGGUAUUCCAAACCAGUUUCAAAAUGUGACAGCUGUCCCAGAUCAGAAGGGCUUGGGCUUGGACGCAUCAUUUCUGUGGCUUCGACACAGUCUACCGUCCUUCUUACAGCCCAUACGACCCUACAGUCUGAAGACAAACCCAGACGAUCAUCAGAACCUCGCAGAGCCCAGACAUCGCCGGCCUUCUCGUCUUCUGCGUCUCCUUGGAGCAUCUUUUGACCCAUUCUGGAUGUCCAUAGAGCAGCCUCCUGAAGCCCCUGCUGCUCAUGGGGAUGGACAACUUCUUCAGGUCAGAACAACUGAGCGCAGCCCCAUCAAGGAGAAGACCAUCCUGAUUCCUCCUCCAUUGCUGAAGGAGGCUGCAGAAAAUCAGAAGCAGAAGCUACAGCUGGAAGUGUCCCGUUUGGACUUCAGUCUGCUGCCUCCACAGGUCACCACUUCAAUUCAAUCUUUGUUGGUGCAUUUUGCCACAUGUGAACUCUCCUACCAGUGGAAAGACCUGGGUCCAGCCUUCUGGCCUCGCUGGUUGAGGCAGACUGACUGUGGAAGUUCAGACAGAGGAGGAAGUUGCUCCUUUCCCAGUGGGAUGGAGUGUGUGAGAGCUCAGACGGCACACAUCAAGAUUCUGGCCUGGCACUGCCUGGAAACCCGACAUGGUGGAGAUGCUUCCAAAAAGACCAGGAGUGCCUGGAGCAACGGGAGCAGAGAGGUGGGGACAGGAGGAGCAUUGAGAAGAUGUCUGUGGAGGCAGGUGUCUUAUCCUGUGGUGACAGCAUGUAAAUGUUCAUGUACAUGAAGCAGAGUUCACGGCUCCUCACCUUCAUCCACCAACUUACAAUUUAUGACUGACAUGUUUUCCUAACAUGACUGUGUGUAACACUGAGUUAUUUUCCUGGCUGAAAUGUUUUAAUGUUUUAAAUGUUACUGACAUUUGUGUCCAUGUCAUUAAAGCAGUAAAUGUCUCACUUUAUUAUGAUGAUUCUGAUGUGAAGAAUGGAUUAGAAACAAAGAAACAAUAGAACCCUAUUUGCAAUUAUAAAAGAAUAAAAAAUAAUGUUUCUUAAUGAUUGUGAUCACAUUUUGUGCAUUGUAGAUUUUUUGUGAGUUAAAAAAAUCACAAAAUCCAUUUUACAUGAAAACGUAUUUGUAGACAAGUUGAAAACACCUUAAAUGUUAGUGUCUCGAACUCGGGGAAUUGUAUCUACUUAAAUUCCACGGGAUUUGUACAUAAAGAGGGAAACAAUACUCUGAUUUCAAGCCAAAAAUUAAGGCAGAU